AUGCCACCCGUCGUGCGCGACACCCUUUCGCUGCGCCCGCGAGGCUUCUAUUCCUAUGCGUUCCUCGCGACUCGCAUCGCCCAGAUCAUCUGCCUUGCCGUCAUUACCGGUAUAAUAGGCCACUUCAUCCACAUCGUCACCCGCGGCCGACAGCCCGCCCCGGUAAACCUAAUCGUUGUCAUCCUCUUUACUAGCGCAGCCUUGACAUGGACACUAUUUUCCUGGAAUGGCUACAGUAGGCGGUACCUUGCCUACGCAGCGACCUGGGGUGUCGACCUGGUGUUUCUCAUCCCGUUCGUGGCCCUCGCCAUCAUCCUUGGGUUGCCGAUGGCGGAUUCAAAUUGCUCGGCCGUGACGAAAAAUGGGAAGUUCGAAAUCACUGCGCCGCCCGGGAGUUCUGUGGGCAGGGUGAAUUUCCCGAAGGAUGGCCGGUCUUCUUGCGUCAAGAUGUUUGUUGUCUGGGUUUUGUUGAUUGUGGUGUCCGUUUUGUUUGCUGUUAGUGCGUUGUCGGUUGGGUUUCUGCAUUUGGGCGAGAAGCAGUUGGAGAAGGCGAUCUUCGCCGUCAAGGAUGAACCAAGGGCAGGAAGUGGUGGGGGUUUUUAUGACCAGGGGAUGAAUGAUUCCCGCGGAAGAGGGUUUGCGCCGACACCGAGAGCAUACCCGGGUCCUGGAGAGGGAGCAGCCUACGGGUACAACAACUCACAACCCAGGCCCAGCAUCGGCGAAGACCGUCUCAACCUCAACCGGCCAGUUACGGUAGCUCCGGCAAGGGCGGGAAACAGGGCGUACGGAGGGGGUCCGGUUUAUGAAGAACCACUUGGCCAACCGGAAGCAGCGAGAAUGCCGCGUCUGCACCCGGACGAGGCGCCCCAGAUGGUGGCGUUCGGAAAUGAACAGGGGACGCAAAACAUGGAGACGAAUGGCGGCUGGAGUAAGAGUGUGCCUUCGAACAAGAUCAAGGACGGCAGCUCUCCAGCAAGGCCAGGCGGCCUGGGGAACAUGACCAUGUCCUCAGCAAGGGGUCAACCACAAAGGUCGAACAUGCGUCCCAGGAUCGACAAGACCGCUCGGGGCAGCGACGAUGGCUUCAUCCCCGGGGCCUCGUUAGCUCCACAGCCCGCCUCUUUUGGCAAGGCACCCAUAGGUAACGAACCGGCUCCAAUGCACAGUGCUGCAAAUAGGGAGAAUGGUCGACAGGGGAGGGGAUUGAGUAACGACGACCGACAAUAUUCUGGUGAUGCGACAUCAACGGGCUUGAACCCGAAGGGUGGUGUCGUGGGGGCGUCGGGGGGACCCUGGAGCGGAUCCGAUGCCGCUCGUAGCCCCCACGAGUCAUUGAUCCCGAAACCGCUGACUGUUGGGGGGAGCGGGAUGUCGGCUCGGGAAAGGGUGCGCGAGAAGUCCACGGAGAGCGGUUGGUGGGGAGCGCUUGAUAGCGUCAUUUCCAGGCCGCAAGCGGAGUACGACCCUUCUAAUGUGUUGUAAAGGUAGACAGAGAGUAAAUGCUUCCGGGAUAUCUUUGCGGGAAAGAUUGCCUAUAGCUAGAUACAAAGUGUUAGCGUU